AUGGACAUCGGCGUGAUCGUCUUGUCCCUCGUGGUGGGGUUGUUUGGGCUCGCGAGCGCCGUGCUGGGGUUCAUCGCCGAGCGAACAAAGCCCACUGGACAUGACAUCGACAUCGACGUCUACACCGGGGAGUGCGACUACCCGGCCAACCCGGCUUACCUGCUGGCGCCAAUCGCGAUCCCUCUGCUGGCGGUGGCUAUGAUCAUCGCCUCGCUCGCCGGCGGCUGCUGUGGCUGCUGCAGGCCACGGCACGGCGCGUCCGAGUCCAAGCGGGUCAUCGGCAUCGUGUACGCCGUCCUCUCAUGGAUAGCGGCGCUGAUUGCUGGGGCGAUCUACGCGAACGGCGUGGCGUGGAACCUCCCCGUGACGAGGUACGACGCCUGGUGCAGGCUCCUCAGGGACGGGUACUUGAGGACGGCGGCCCUGCUGAGCCUCGCUGCCACCGCUCUGGCGAUCACAUCAUACAGCAUGCUCCGCGUGCAAGGCGCCGGCGCCGGCGGCCGCAGCAGCAGGGGCCUCCAGACCCAAGCCUGA